AUACCAACCGGGUGGCGCACGCCCGACUCUCGAUAUGUCGCCAGCGUUGCGAACAAUGGCACGCGCCCGACCGGAUCCGGAUACGUUUUCACCUAUGUUGCGCUAUGUCUCCAGACGUUCAGCAUGCACAGGGCCCAGAGGUGGCGAGACCCUUCGCGACUACGCUCGCUAGUUAGAUUUGCGGUGGUGCUGAUGAUACCCAAUCAUACUUGGAGUUCAGCAUGCGCUGCUGUCCGCGUUGGCAGAUGCGUGUUCAGUAACUUAGUGCGUGAUCGUUCUCUUCACUCUUGCACGCUACUCAGCUUCCGUGACGAGUCUAUAUCGUACCUUAGAACUGCCGUCCUUCAGGCUUUCGAUACCAGAAGAAUCCCCUUGGCGACAAACAUACGGCGGCAAUCGUCCACAGUGGAACUCAAUGGCGCUCGAGGUAGACAGGCAGUAGAGCUCACGAUGCUCUAUGCAGCUGUGCUCGACUAUACUAGGUCGUUAGGUAUCCAAUGCCGCUCUUUCACUUCGGGGUUUCAACCAUAGCGGGGCGUCUGUAGCCACGUCAACAUCUCACCAUACCAAAGGCGUCGCGUUCUGCCCGUCAGCUCAGUUCCAAAUGUCAGGCUCUACAGAGCGAUCCAUCAGCCCCUUGUUCGCCCGUUUGCAUCUCCCAGACGGAUAGGCCGUUCCUAUCGCCCACCUGAUCUGAUGCAUACGGCGCC